GAUCAUUUUCUGCCUUUCCAUUGAUAUCAAUUUGUGUUAUUUUUGACAGCUCACUUAAUGGUCCAUACUAUUCUGCACUUUACUGCUGGUCUAAACGCCGAAAUAAUUGUUAUUUUGGAGAGUAGCAGUGGUGGAACCGCAGUGGCCGUAAACAAAACAGAUGACACCGUCUUUGUAAAGACUCUGUCGACAUCUCUGCGCAGUCUUACAAACUUGGAUAAAGUGAAAAAACUUUAUCCUGAAAUUCUGUUUAAACAAGUACCCAGAGAAACUGGGAGUAGCCUCUUUUAUUUUAAGUCAUACCUUAGUGACAAGAGGAGGAUUUUGGGAUUUGACAGCAAAGGUCUUCCGAUGAACACUGGACAGGUGACACCUAAUUCUUUGGAAAGCCUUUUCUCUGAAGUCUAAUAUCGUGCAUAGAAACUAAUAUCACUCAUAAACCGAAGACAUGUAGAAAUACUGUGAUCAAAAAUAAAAACAGAAUGAAACUAAGCAAAUGCGUCUCUUGGUUGAGUAUGUCUUGUUUUCAUCGCUGGAAAACUGCUGUUUCGUUCCAGUUGACAAGAGGAGGAUUUUGGGAUUUGACAACAAAGGUCUUCCGAUGAACACUGGCCAGGUGACACCUAAUUCUUUGGA